AUGGCCUCUACAACACGACUGAAGCUCAAGCGUGAGGAUUACACGGUGGCAUGGGUUUGCAUCUUACACAUUGAGCUCGUGGCAGCCAUGGCUAUGCUGGAUGACUCCCAUCAACCCCUCCCUACUCCCAAGGACCAAAACUCAUACAAUCUCGGUCGCGUGGGGGAGCAUAACGUUGUUAUCGUGAAGGCAACCGCCCCAGGGAAGGCUGAGGCUGCAACUGUGGCCACUAACCUCGUCCGGUCCUUCCCAGAGGUCCGCUUUUCACUCGUCGUGGGCAUCGGCGGGGGUACGAGAGAUGCACCCAACCCGUACGGGGGAACAGAUGAUAUAAGGCUGGGUGAUGUGGUCGUCAGUGAGCCUAAAGGGAAUUAUGGGGGGGUCUUUCAGUACAACCUGAGCCGCGAACACGAUGGGGGUUACUAUAUGGGACCGCAUCUGAACAGGCCUCCGCCGGUCUUGGUUUCCGCGACGGGGAACCUCAGAGGCAAUCACGCACUGGGACAAGGGAGUAUGCAAACGUUCAUCGAUGAGGGUAUAGCUAAGCUCCAAGGGGUCGGGAACUCCCAUUUCCGCUUUCCCGGCCGAGAGCACGACCUUUUAUUUCGUUCGGACUACAAACAUCCAAAGGGGCCGACCUGUGACGAAUGUGAUCCUGGCCUGACAGUGACUCGAAGCGACCGCGAGCUCCUCUCGGUUCAUUACGGUCUUGUUGCCUCUGCCGAUGUGGUGAUGAAAUCAGCCCAUGUGCGAGACCGGAUGCGUCAGGACCAGAAUGUGAUUUGCUUCCAAAUGGAGGCUGCCGGGCUCAUGAACAAUUCUCCGUGUAUUACCAUCCGCGGCAUCUCGGACUAUGCCGACAGUCAUAAGAAUGAUCGGUGGCAGCCCUACGCUGCGAUCACGGCAGCGGGAUAUGCGAAGGAUCUCCUGAGGAUCAUCCAGCCAGAGGAAGUGGUUGGGACAGAGUUGGCAGCUAUAUUUGUUGAUCUAAAGCAAGAUAUCACACAGAUCAAGGCCGCGAAUGAGACUACCUAUCGGAACAAGAUUUUAGACUGGAUUACCCCCAUUCAUUUCCACAAACGGCAGGUGGAUCUGUGGCAGGACUGUGUCCCAACCGGAAAAUGGCUGCUCGACUCGGAGCAGUUCAAAUAUUGGGUUGAUGGGGCUCGCCAGCGACUUCGCUGCUAUGGACUGACCGGCACCGGCAAGACCCAUCUCUGUGCUAUUAUAGUGGACCAUUUGCAAAAAAUGUUUCCGUUGCGUCCUGUCCUUUACAUAUAUCUAGACGACAAUCGACAAGCCGAACAAACUCCUGAAAAGUUAAUGGGCAGCCUUCUUAGGCAGCUAAUUCAGUUUGACACAUCGUGCGAGAUCCCCCAGUUAAUCCAGGAUCAUUACGGCCGCUAUGGUAUAGAACAGUCGCCGAGUACCAUGAUCCAGCGUGAGGCUUUUGAAACCCUGCUCGAAAGAUACAAGCGAACAUACCUUAUCGUUGACGGCAUGGGAGACUGUGGUAAGGCUGUGCGUGAGGUUGUCCGAAAUUACCCCAUGGACCUCGUGGAGAGAGGUCAAAAGAUAAGUCUCCUUACCACAUCCCUAGGCUACACCGAAAGGGAAAAUAUGAUAGAGUGCAACCUCUGCAAAUCGCGGAACCCUGCCAUAUACUUCAGCUGUGGCUGCGAUAACGACGGAUUUGAUGUGUGCUGGGGUUGUCGACAAAAAGGAUUGAGAUGCCCCAAAAGCCAUGAGGGGGUAGUGCAAUACGACGACGACGUCGAAGUCCGAGCUCAACCUGAAGAGCUCAAGGAGUAUUGUCGUCACCGGCUGCAGUCGGAAAUCUCGGUCCCCGAAGCAUUGAAGGAGCUAACGGACAAACGAAUGAAUCCGGCUCCGGCCUUCAUCGCGUCCAGCAAUGCCCGGUACAUAAGUAACAAGCCCGACCUGCUGGACACUAUUGCCAGGCAGAUUGCACAAAAUGCAUCGGGGAACUUCCUGGUGGCCAGGUGCUGUAUGGAAGAUUUCCUGGCAACCAACAUCGCGGUGGCGACGGAUCAGGACCUGCUUGACCAGAUACAAGUCAUUCCCCACGACUCUUUAGUGCAGCAUGUUAAACGGAAACUGGAAAGAGUCGAGUACCACCAGUCGACGGGUCGUACAAAGCGACUAGGCCCGGAAACGCUGCGCUUUGUCUAUUCAGCACGCCGCUGCCUGACCCUGAAGAUGCUCACGCAUGCACUGGCCUUGCAAAGUAACACGGGUCAGAUCAGGCCAUCUAACCUGGACAAGAGAGUGCCUAUAUUGGAGGCAUGCAAAGGACUUAUCUCGAUCGAUAGAGCUGAAGAGGAAGAGUCAUGGGUUUCGUUUUUCCACAUUUCCAUAUCGAAAGUUCUGGCCAGGCUGGAUCAUGAGAUGUUGAACGACGCGCAUACUGUAAUGGCCCGCAGUUGCCUAAAAUACCUUAAGCACCCAGAUGCUUUGGACCAUUGUGAAAAGACCAAAGAUUACCCAUUUUUGCCCUAUGCCUUGGAGUAUUGGGGGGACCACGUCAGGAUGGCCUAUCCAAAGAUCGAUCAUCCUGUUCAACGUGACGCAUUCCAGUUUGUGCACAACACCCACUACAUCAAGGCAUGGGCUAGAAUGGUGAAGAGGACAGGUUACACCAUCUUGGUCCUCUGGAUUCACGAGGAUGCUCAUGGCCUCCACAUAUGUGCUUGGUUUGGAUUAUCAGGGUUUAUCAAGAGGCUGAUCCAUGAGGGCGAUGAUGUCAACAUUCGUGAUCGACGAUAUAGUAGGACCCCCUUGCGAUACGCUUGCGUUCAGGGCCAGUUCGACGUGGUGCGCCAACUGCUAGAUUUAGGGGCAGAACCCGAGGAUGCCACACUCGUGGAUGCUAUGCUUGGUUCAUCCGAUGCAGAUCACCCGCUCCCCGACAAAGAAGAAGAUAAUCGCUUUGAAAUUGUACGGAUGCUCUUGCAGAGGGAAAGAAUAAAUAUAAACGCCAGGGUCGGAGGGCAUGGCAAAACGGCUCUCAUCCGCGCAGCAAAACGCCCCUAUCUUUUAGGCGUCAAAGCACUAUUGAGAGACAAAUCAAUAGAUGUCGAUGUACAGGACGCGAACGGGCGUACGGCCAUUAUGCAGGCCAUACGUGCUUCUUCACUACAAAACACAAUGACCUGCGACUCGCAAGACAGCUGCCAUGAGAUUGUAACAUUACUUCUUGAGCGCAACGCCAACCCUAACAUCAUGGAUAAUGCCGGACAAAGCGCUUUAACGUUGGCAGUGAGGAACGGAAUGGCGAACACUGUCGAAGCCCUGUUGCGAUGCAGCCGGAUAGAGUUGAAUUUUCCCAACAAGCUUCUUCGCCUUGCGAGCGCAGAGACACACCCAAAGGUGAUUUCCCUGUUACAUGACAAACUAUCAAAGAAUCCCCGGUACAGUCUCAACUCACUGGAUGAAGCUGGAUGCACGCCCCUCCAUCAUGCAUGCCAAUCAGCCAGUUCCCUUGCUCGUGACACUAUCGAGGCAUUACUGGAGCGAGGUGCAGAUCCAAAUAUUGCCAAUAAGCAACGUCAUACAGCUUCCAUGCUGUUGUUUGCCCUUCAGGACAAAAAUGUUGCAAACUCCCUAGCUAAUCGAUACCCCGGGCUAAACAAAUUUGCCCCCUCGGUUGCAGCCGAGAUUAUCAAAGACUUGCCCGCCUUGGUUCUCGCAAAACAUCAGCGCUGGGAUCUAAUCCAGGAUGCUAUCACCAGCAAGCGAGCAACCCUCAAAGUACGCGACCUGGUUGACGGGCGUUCCAUCUUGCAUGAGGUCGUAUUGGAAAAUAAAACCAAGCUGGUGGACAUGAUAUUGUCUGCCAGAGUCCUCGACCCAAACUGUCUCGAUCUCUACGGGCGGACACCACUGCACCUAUCGAACAGCAGCGAUACUGCCAAGGUACUAGUCCACCAUGGCUGUGAUAUCCGCCGCGUGGACCUCUCUGGAGAUACUGCGCUAGCCAGUGCUCUCCGAAGAAGUGUCUCUGACGUUGCAGAUUACCUUGUCGAUGCCGGUGCAACUGCAACAAACAAUCACCAUGAAAUCCAACAUCUCCUAGCCAUGGCCGCAAAGAUUGGAGCUUCUAAAGCAUUUGAGGCUCUGCUCAACCCUCAAUCGGGUGUUCCAGAUCAGCAAGGGUCGCUGGCACUCCGCAGGGGGUUUCAUGACUGGUUCUGGAUCAGAUCCACUCAUUUCAAGCACAUCCGCUCGCCGCUCUUCGUGUGGUUUAUUUUGGCUGCGUGUCUAAUUACUGUGACGACUGGUCUGCUGUAA